AUUUUUAGUUGUGAUCAUCUCUGCAUACGCGGUUUUGUUAAAAAUAAGAUCAAAUAUAAGAUGGCAGCAGUUCAAGGGCCUCCCGGUAACAAACAGUGGCCUGCGCGACCAGGACUACAACAUCAAAUAAGCCAAAACCCAAGCAUGAAUUUAACUCUCAAUAGGUCUAUUAAUUUGUAUCCGCUUACGAAUUACACGUUCGGAACUAAGGAGCCGCUGUUCGAGAAGGAUGCAUCGGUUCCGGCGAGGUUCCAGAGGAUGCGAGAGGAGUUUUGUAAAAUCGGAAUGAGAAGGUCGGUCGAAGGUGUGUUAUUAGUACACGAACAUGGUCUACCACAUGUGCUGUUACUGCAACUCGGCACUGCGUUUUUCAAGUUACCCGGUGGAGAAUUGAACCCUGGAGAGGAUGAAAUUGAUGGUCUGAAGAGGCUUCUCACUGAGACUUUAGGCCGACAAGAUGGUGUCAAACAGGAAUGGCUCAUUGAAGACACAAUAGGGAACUGGUGGCGACCGAAUUUUGAACCACCACAAUAUCCAUACAUUCCGCCUCACAUCACGAAACCAAAGGAGCAUAAGCGCCUAUUCCUGGUUCAACUGCAAGACAGAGCUCUGUUUGCUGUACCGAAGAAUUACAAGCUGGUUGCGGCACCAUUGUUUGAAUUGUACGAUAAUGCUCAGGGAUACGGACCUAUAAUAUCGUCGUUGUCUCAGAGUUUAUGUCGUUUUAAUUUCAUUUAUAUGUGAUAAAUGGUAUUUAAAGUGAAGUUUGAUGAAGAAAGUUUAAAUGGAAUAAAUUUCUGCAAUACUUCUGCAGCUAGACCACAACGAAGCUCAGUGUUAGGCAACUAUGGAUAUCACCUUCCAUAAUAUGUUUACCUAAAAACAUCCAAUUAUUGUUCCAAAUCCAUAAGACAAUUUAGGCUUUCUUCAUUAUUGAACUUGUAAAGAUAUAUGCAAAUGGACAUUUUUUCUAUAGUUUAAGAUAAGGUUUUCUAUAUUUUUGUCAAUAAAAGAAAAUUGUCAUGUUAUAUCUAAAUAGUUAUGCGACAGAAAAUAUCUGAAGUGAGUGUUGUUAUUAAGAGAUGCAUAAGAUGUUGCAGGGACCGGUAUGGAUCUUGAGAUUUCCCAGAAGAGUCGUAUUGUUUUAUAACUUGGGGGACUUGGGACAAUGUGUACAAAAGGGGUUCCUUAAUUUUUUCGACAACUUCAAUUUGACAAUUUAUUUGUUUUUUAACUGCAGUCAUGAUUUAUAUAACUUUGAUUUUCUUUAAAAAUACCUUCAUACUUUAGUGUGAUUGAAAAUCUUAUGCCUUUAGAACUGCUAGCUCAGAAAUAUUUGUUGAGGGAUAUGCAGAGAAGGGAAUGUUCAUUUAAUUACAUUUAAUGAACUAAUUGUUGAGUUGUUCCCAUUCUCUCAUUCCCAAUCUUGGAGCAUCAGAAAGUACUAAAAUUCACCAGCGCUCAGACCACACUCAGCAUCCAAGAUCCAAGCUGUCCUCUGUCCUCUUAAAUUGACUCAGUUGCAGACUGCAUACCAAUCUGAUUAUUCGCAAUUAUGAAUUAGGUCAGCUGUUAUGAUGCAAUUUAGACCUUACACCUCAAGAAAUAAAACAGCAGUUUGAUUUAAUGCUAAACGGCACUGGAGUAAGUUUUGACAUCAAGGCCACACGUCAAACUGACCAUGACCUAAUAUGUAAUUUCCGAAUGCUGAACUUAGUCUAAUUUAAUGCCGAUUCAUUAAAAUUUUAAUUUUUAAUUUGAAGAAACUUAACUAAUAAUAUGUAUUUUAAUAUUAAGCGUAUUUGACUAAAACUUAUGUAACACAAUUUU